GGAGACUUGACGCAUGCGCAAUGGGAAGUCCCCGGUAACCUCAGACAUGUGGCUACGUUAUAGUAAAUUUUUCCAACGGCAAAACCAGCGACACUUCGCUUUAACCUCAAAAGCAGUGUGUGUCCACCGGCUGCACAGCGGUCACGCUGACCUUUCACAUUAUGAUGGGCUGUACUCCGGACACAUCCACACUUCUCCCUUCCAGAAAGCCCUGUUGGCCGUUGGAUCAGGUGUGGCGGCCCUUCAGGACCCCUACAGACAUGACAUGGUUGCAGUCCUUGCAGAGACCACAGGACAUUUAGCUCUCAGAAAUCUCAGGGACAGGAUGAGAAAUGACCCUGAAGGCUCCGCUAUCCUAAUAGAAAGGCCAAGGAUCCGUCUUUCUACACUUGAUCUGAGCAAGAUGGCCUCCCUACCCAAUGGUACUUUCGGGAGAGAGUACCUCCGCUUUCUGGAGGACAAUAAUGUGACCCCUGACUCAAGGGUGGAGGUGAAGUUUGUGGACAAUGAGGAGCUUGCUUACGUCAUGCUGAGAUACAGAGAAGUCCACGACUUGUUGCACACCUUGCUGGGCAUGCCCACUAACAUGCUGGGUGAAGUGGCAGUGAAGUGGUUUGAAGCAGCUCAGACGGGGCUUCCCAUGUGUGCUCUGGGUGCUGUGUUGGGGCCACUUCGAUUGAAUGCAAGCCGUUUACAGUCACUGUUCACAUCUUUGGGUCCUUGGGCUCUGAGGAACGGCAGCCACGCCCGCUGCGUCCUCAGCAUCUUCUAUGAAAGGCGAUGGGAACAGAGCCUAGAAGACCUGAGGCAGGAGCUCAAUAUCGAACCUCCACCCGUCCAGCUUGGUUCUACAAACAAGAGGAUGAUGUGAAAAAUAACCAGAAAUGCUGAACGAUUCUGAGAUCUUUUGGCAAAAGAUUCAAUUACGGACAAACCAGGAGUCUUUGAAGUAUGUGACUGUGGUAUUUCUUACAGGAAGGAUGUAAUUAACUGUGGAGGAAAUGGGGAAAUUUUGUUCUUGACAAAAGUUUAUAUCCCAGCUUGUAUACAUAAUUUAUUUUCUGUGUGACUCAGAGAUAGCUUGUGAAUUUUUUUUUUUUCUGUUUUUCUUUUCUGAGAGCAAGACUGUUUUAUUUCAGUCUUUUGUUAAGAACAUCAUGUAUAUUUUUAUUAAUGACAAAAAUACAUUUCAAAUCUAUUUUUUAUACAUUGCUCAAAUCUACAGGUAAUCAGAGUUUAACAUAUUACCACUGAUCCAGUAUCCUUAUUUUAUGCCACUACUUGGGUAAACCGAAAUAUAAAAGUGGUGGUUUCUGGUCAUUUCUUUAGUUUUGAUGUAUAUUUGAUAUGAAUGAGAAAUAUUGUCAUUUGCAGCUCUUACCAAGGGAUGGAGAAGUGGCAUCAGUGCAGCGCCAACACUUGACCUUUUGACUUGUCUUGAUACGUUUUACUCUCUUCUUUACAGCAGUGAUGACGCCAACAGAAAGUAACGUACUGUAAAGUGGUCAAGAAACUUAAAAAAAUGACCUGCUAUUUUUGCUAAUAAAGAGUACUUGAUUGGUGAAAUUCAAUGUUACACUGAUGUAAUUACGAAGCUAAAAUGUGUUGAACUUUAAUACUUCUAAUCUGAUCUUGAUACUUCUCAACAUGAAACUGGAAAAAUGUGGAUGUUUUCUCAUUAGUGGUUAUUACAUAAAAGACUCCUUAAACCCUGGAGUAGCACUACAUUUAAAAACGCAUCACUGCAUUCUCAAACCCAAUUAGCUCUAUCUUGUGAAAAACAAAACAUGGAGCUAUUUUUUUUUUUAAAACUGCACAUUGUUGAGUGAAACACAAACGUGUACAUAAUGUACAUAUUGUAGUGCCUUUAUCAUUCAUAGUGAUGUGUACAUAAUUCACCUGCUUAGAGAUGUUAGUCACAGCAUUACCAUACAGCGUUUAUUCAGGUUAUAAUUUAUGUUGUUACUAAUGUUUUGGUCUAUGUGUUUAAUGUGUUACGGUCCCUCUAAGUAUGGUGACGUUUUUGGAGUCAGUUAGUUCUGUGAUGGGAAGCGCAAGCUUCUUAACGUUCAGUUUCAGUUAACUGGUGGAUUUAAUAAAGGGACACACGCUUCUGUGUCCGCACCGUGAGAAGUUGUCUGCUCGUCUAUUUCCACGACUUCCACAAUAUCUUGUUUUAUAUUUUAAAUAACUUGCAUGUAAAAUUUGACGGUAUUUGACUUGUGUUGUGGAGCUGAAUCUGUUUUUUCUCUUUCUUCCAAAAUGUAUGAUUACUUCUGAAUUGACUGUAGAUUCCUUUGAAGAAACCAUCAGUGAGUUUAUUGGGUUUGCUCGGUGGGUACAAAGUAAUUUCAGCUCUGCAUAACAUGCAUUAGUUUGCCUGAUUUCUUUUCAUUUUCUGAAGUUAUUUUUGUUUUUUGUUUUUUUAUGCUUUUAAAUAUGUAAAUUUGUUUGGAUUAGCUACAAGCAUUGUGAGUGUUUUACAACCUUAAUUCCAAAAUAGUUGAGAUGCUGUACAAGAUUUUAAUUAAAACAUGAUACAAAUCUAAUAAACCCCAUAUUUUAUUCCCAAU